CAGCUCCUAAUAACACAUCCACAAUACCCAUCCACUUACAGAACAAACAGGGACUAACAAAUUUCAAUGAUCUACAGCAGAUUUCGGAAACGCGUGGGCGACAUCCUGGCGCGUCGGGGCACCUCUGCCUUUCUCUCUCAAUGCCUAUCAACACCAUCAGGAUCAUCCAUCGCUCCAGCCUAUGCCUUUCGACAGCAAGUUCAUCUUCCAGGCCAAGGGCGCUGAAGCCGGCGCCAUCAUCGACGACUGCAUUAACCAGCAGUCGCACAGCCCAACCGAACACUACACCAUCUUCGCCUGCAUCCUCAACAAUGUGCGCAGUGAUAUCACAGCCAGAUGGUCCGCCGCGGCGUCAAUUCUAGCGUUUAUACGGACGAUACUGGGUCUGAUGUCUAAUAGCUUGGAUGAAAUUCAAACCAUUUCUUAUCACUCGCCUAUUCUCGCGGUCCUGCUUUCUCUCUCUUCCAUCACGGCAUUUUCAUCGCGUCUCGACUUCAAGUCGCCAGAAUCUCAGUUCCAUAGGAAACGCGAUGUCCACGCUUUGCGCCGAGCCAUCCAUGGCCAUUUCAAGCUCUGGCUGCAGAACGAACGGAUGCAGUUCACCUGCUUCUGCGUUGUGCUUGUCUGUCUUAGUGCCGUUCUUUGGUACAUGCUUGUCGAUGUCACAAGAUAUGGCGUUGUUGUUUUCGCCAUCCCACUCAAAGCCAAUGUUCCUCUCGGGGCUGGCCUUACUCAGCUACUUGGGUGUGUCACAAUAGCUUUACGGCCUCUGCUUUUCGAAACAAGACGGAUAAAAGUCCCUAAACUUUCUCAGAGCUUCCGGGGCGCGAUUUCAGAUCCACACGACAGCGAGAACAUCGAGCUCGUCACCCACCGGCCGGAUUUCAGCGGGCCAUCAGAGCUCAAUUCAGCACCACAGUACCCAAAUUCGGGAAGAGAACUACAAGAUGUCACCGUUAUCCUUCGGAGCGCAAAACAGACGCCGACAGCUUCCCUAAUCAAGGCCUGCUCGCUAUCUCCUCCUUCAGACUGCUUGCGUACGGCACGGUUGUCUUGGCCAGCAUCUCUAUGUACUCCGCGUCAGAUGCUGUGCGUGUGAUGGUCGCCGUGACUGUUCGCGUAGGAUUCGGAAGAGUUGCUGGCUUUUGGGUGACGAGGUCAGAUCGGGCGGCCCGCAAGACAUUCUUGGUGGAUGUGCGGAUUGCGCAGUUAAAGACGCUGGAGGAGGAGACGAGUGAGGUUUUGAGGGGGCCGGAGAGCUCCUAGAGGCCGCCCUUCCAGCUAUGUGUACCUUCGUCACAG